CACAGACAGCUGCUGUUUCUCCCUUCAUCGGCUCCCCAAACUAUUCUCCUUCUUCUUUCGUUUCAUUCCUACACUGCCUCCAUUCAUCCCCUCUGUACUUUCCCCUUCCUUCCCUCUACUCUGUCAUUCUGCCCUGCACUUUUCCUCAGGCAGAUAUAAAGGCAGGUCCCGUUGGAGGGAGAGGGCUUGUGUAAUCUCUGGCUGCACAUGAGCACCAGAGAGUUAUUGCUUCAGCUGGAAAGGCACCACGAACGCAUAAAGGACAAACUUUGGAAUAAGGAGAGGAAGAAGGAAUACCACUGAGACAGGAAGGGAGGAGAAAGGAGGGAGACGCACAGACGCAGAAAGAGUUUGGAGUUGGGGUGCAGGACAUAAACCAUGCUGGGCUUUGUGGUGCUGCUGCUUUCCCUGUUGGUCCUGUCCCCAGGAAGUGACACCAGGAGAAUCAGGAAAAGAGGACUCAACCAAAAGGACUACGAGUACCCCAACCACCCCCAGUCCACACAGCACCAGAAGAACGACAGGUGUCCACCGCCACCCCAGAUGCUGCCAGAGAGAGCCUGUGAGGUGCCAGGCUGCCGCUCAGACUCAGAGUGUGAGCGCCAUAAACGCUGCUGCUACAAUGGAUGCAUCUACGCCUGCCUGGAGUCUGUCCAGCCUCCACCAGUGUUGGACUGGCUCGUGCAGCCUAAGCCUCGGUGGUUGGGGGGCAACGGAUGGCUGUUAGAUGGCCCUGAGGAGGUUCUGCAGGCUGAGGCCUGCAGCACAACUGAGGAUGGAGACGAGCCUCUUCACUGUCCUACGGGCUACGAGUGCCACAUCAUCAAUCAAGGAAACCCUGCUGCUGGCAUCCCAAACCGGGGACAGUGCAUCAAGCAACGUGGCAACUCUGAAGGACGUCUGAGGCACAAACACUUCAAGGACUACAAGGACUACUUAGGUACCAGUUCCAACAAUGCAGUGGGCUACGAAAAAAAUCAUCAAAAGGUCCUGGGAUGAAAUCAGCCUGACCUCAGCCUCAGUGACGACCAUAACACAACCUCAGACAUCAGCCCAGUCUUGUUUGAUCUGCUCUCAUCACCACUGAACCAGGAUCAGAUCUGACAUUUUUACCAGAACUUCAGCUGCUACCUCCUCUUGCAAAGCCCCGUAGUGCAGAUUGUCCUCACAAUUUUUUUUAAUCUCUCUAUCUGAGUGUUGAUGGUGAAGCAGGAGUGUGCACCAAAGCUGUUCAUCAUAUGUCUCAAAAGGAAAUAUUUUUUAUUUCUUUACAACCCUCUCCUUCCCUGCAGCUCAUUGUUAUUCUCACAAACACACUCUCUAACCUUAAGGCUGGUCAGCAGAGAAAAGCAAGACCAUGUGGCCGUGAAAUGCAUUUUGUCUCUCUUGUUCUGUGAAGGACGGCGCUCAAAUUUCUGAAAUCUGGAAAGUUUUACAGACAAAUUUGAGAAAUUCCAACUCCAGUGGUUCUCAUCUUUGAAUCAAAUCCAAAUGUGGUUUUAUGUUCAAAUGUAUAACUCUGACUAAAAGAAAUGAAUGCCAUAUGAGUGUGUGGAUUGUGUCAGUUUUUAAAUAUUUGGAACAGCUGUAUAUUAGUUCUAGCCAACAGAUGCUGACCGUGAUUUCAACGCUAUGAAAGCAAAA